UCCUUUUCGCAAGCAGUUGGCACUCAAUCAGAUCUGAGAUGAAACCGGGCUCACUGAGCAACGUGAACAACGUCAGCGCCUGCUGCCACUGACCGCCCGACUCGCACGCGCUGAUGACAGAACGGAAGCUGAUGGCGUCGGCCUGCAACUUUGCCUCCCGCAUCUCGACGUAGAGCGACAGCGCUUGCUGCCAAGGCCGUCCUUCCUCGCACGCUCUUGCGACAGCGCUGUAGGUGAAGAAGUCCGGCUCCUGCUGCGUCUCCGACAUAUCUCUGAGAAGCAUCAGCGGAAGCUGCCACUGCCAACUUCUCUCGCACGCGCUGAUGCCAGCGUUGCAGCAGAAGACGCCGGACUCCAGCUUCACCUCCCUAAUCUCGCCGAGCAGCAACAACGCCCGUUGCCAGCGCCCGCCAGUCUCGCACGCGCGCAUCCCAGCGCUGUAGCUAACCAAUACGACGCUGGCUUCCACCUUCGCCUCGGACAUCUCGCUGAACAACGACUGAGCCCACUGCCACCGCCCACCUCUCCAGCAGGCGCACAUCCCGGCACUGUAGCUGAUCUCGUUUGGCUCAAUCCUCACCUCCCGCAUCUCCCUCAUCAGCGAUACCGCCAGUUGCCACCGACCGCCUUUCUCGCUCGCGCUGAUCACAGCGCUGUAGCUGAUGACGUUAGGCUCCAGCUUCGCCUCCGACAUAUCGCAAAGCAGCCCCAGAGCCCGCUGCCAUUGCCAGCCUUUGUCGCACACGCUGAUCACUGCGUUGAAGCAGGUGACGUCGGGCUCAUGGCUCGCCUCCUGCAUCUCGUCGAGCAGCGCCAGAGCCCGCUGCCAUUGCCCACAUUUCUCGAACGAGCUGAUCCCAGCACUGUAGCUUAACACGUUGGGCUCCCAGUUGUCCUGACGCAUGUCGUUGAACAGCGACAGGGCAUGCUGCCACUGCUCGGCGUCUCUGCACGCGCUGAUCCCAGCGCUGUAGCUGCAUGGAUGACGGUGGGCUCCAGCUUCGCCUCACACAUCUCGCUGAGCAGCGCUAGAGCCCGCUGCCACUGCUUGCCCUUCGCGCACGCGCUGAUCCCAGCGUUGCGGGCUCUGGAUGACGUCCGGCUCCAGCUUCGCCCCCCACAUCUGACUGAGCAGCGCCAGAGCCCGGUGCCACUGUUCGCCCUUCUCGCACGCGCUGAUCCCAGCGCUGUAGCUGACGACGCCUGGCUCCAGCUUCGCCUCCCACAUCUCGCCAAGCAGCGCCAGAGCCUGCUGCCACUGCUCGCCCGUCGCGCACGCGCUGAUCCCAGCGCUGUAGCUAUAGCGUUUGGCUCCAGCUUCGCCUCCCCGAUCUCGCUGAACAGCGCCAGAGCCCGCCGCCACUGCGAGCCCUUCUGGCACGCGUGAAUCCCAGCGCUGUAGCUAUCAGAUCGGGCUCAAGCUUCGCUUCCCGCGCCUCGCCGAGCAGCCGCAGAGCCCGCUGCCACUGCCUGCCUCUCGCGCACGCGCUUAUCCCAGCACUGAGGCUGACCACGUCGGACUCCAGCUCCGCAUCCUGCAUCUCGCUCAGCAGCGAUAGGACCAACUGCCACUGAUUACCUUUCUCGCACGCGCUCAUCCCAACGUUGUAGCUGACUGUGG